CCCCAUCAAUAUAUCGAGCGAUCCGAUGUUAUGCCGAUGGUGCAAAUAACUGUAUGCGGUAGUUCUGGAGUACCAUGCACUCACAUAUCUUUCGGUUUGGAACAGGCACUGUCAUGAUGGAUGCUGCCUCUGGGAUAAGACCUGAACUAGCCUAUAGUUCAGAAGACGUCUCAUACCUCGCACGUCCAGAAUCGCAUGGAAAUCGCGCGAAGGAGUAUGCUGUGCAAAACACCAGGCCCAUACAUGAGAGGUACGCGUCGUUCGCAAGCAGAAAAUCGUCGUUCGACCUUUAUCCUGCAACUGCGCAGGGAAACACAGAAAAAAUGGCAAAAGCUGGAUUCUUCUACACUGGUGCUCAAGAUCGCACAACCUGCUUUCAGUGCGGCAACUCUCUUUGCAGUUGGAGCGAUGAGGACGACCCGUUAUUUGAACACGCCAGGUGGUACAGAGACUGUCCUUACGUCAUUCUGCAGCUUGGUGAUGCGGUUAUCGAGAACAUUAGUCGGGAACACAGCAGUACACUUGCAGAGAGAAGCCUUGCAGAAAGGAACAAGUCUGACAAAGCAACAGAGUUCUUGGUAGUGAACCUAAAAUCAUCAUAUCUUGUCCACCGCCUGAUUUUGCAAGGCAUCAACCCGGACAUCGUGGAGUUAGCGAUACGCGCAAGACUUAACAGCACGGGGUUGGUAGACGUGCUCGACGAGCAAGACCUACGCAGGGCGCUAGGUGAAGUCGUGUCUUUACCACAAAACGUCAGUACAAGGGAAGUUCCAAAAGCUGAUACAGGUGACUUGAGCAAGUGCAUCAUCUGCAAGACGGCAGACAGACACAUGAUAUUCCUUCCAUGCAGUCAUCUUGUCUCCUGCACUGGAUGUGCCACAUCCAGCACCGUCUGUCCCUCAUGCGAGCGCAAGAUCGCAACCACGAGGGAGGUUUUCUUGGCCUGAAAACAUGGAAAAGUGAUGGUACGCAACAGACCAGCACUGGCUAUUACGUGGCAUUACACCUCUCAACAACCGACACACGCCGGCGAUGACCCGACAUCACAGGAACACAUCGAGAAAACAGACAGACAUCGAGACAGAGCUAUUAGACAGGUUUAAACUCCGACGUGCGACUUGCAACGCGAACGGUGGAUGAAGAACGUUCCCCGUUGGACUGCAACUAAAUACCAGAAAAAAAGGUUCGACGACGCCAGGGCACACCCGCGUGCACCUCUGAUAGCUCUGAUAGCUGACGAUGUGCGAAGUGUGCGUAGCGAGAGGUGCUGAGCACGCGGUACCACCACUGGACGUCGACUGCCUCACGACGUAAAGCCACGAAUCAUUAUACAUAUUUUUAUUAUUGCUAUUAUUAAUUGGAGAGCACGACAUUCCGGCGCAGGUAUGCUUUUAUUGGGUAAGAACCCGUAUACAGAGUGUCCCAGCUAAAUGCGAAUAUAUUUAUAAAUACAAAUUAUACAUUAGGGAAUUGGGGAUAUUAGGGAAUAUUAGAGAAUUAUAUAUUAGGGUGCAGGGAAGUGACACGAUCUUGGGUCGGCACCAACAGUGCGUCUCGGCGAGACGUCAAUGUUCCACGGGUACGUCUCGCCGAGACGCACUGUUAGUGCCGACCCAAGGUCACUUGCCUACGACGCGCUGACGGGUUCCAAGUAGGAUGAAACAGCUGUACUCGGCUGGGACUGCACGAUCAAAUUGUAAACAUAUGCUCAAUGUGCAGCCAUAGGGCAAUAUCGUGUCACAUGCCCCUACGCCGCGCUGACGAGUCCCAAGUAAGACGAAACAAUUUCAAACACGUCUAGUGUCAUUUACCCGUUUUUUUAAUGACUUUUAUCCCCUCAUUAUAAUUCACUGGCUUGCACUGUGGCAUUGAGGAGUGCUCAGUCACGCUCUCAGGUGUAUAUCGCUCGCUGAGUGACCCCUGGUUUGCCAAUUCCGAACGAUGCGCAGCUACCCAGAGCUGACGAGCCGCAAACACGGCGAAACACGUGUCCUCUGGUGCUGUCGGAUCGUUCCAUGAGUAUCUAUAUAUAUAUAGAUACUUAUAUACUACUUAUACUAUACUUAUAUAUAUAUA